UCUGUAGAGACUCAUUCUCUAACCCCAGAAAAAAAGCAGUCAGGGAAGAGAAAUCUUACUGGGGGUGAUACUCUGGAGGGGAGAUGCAGAGGCAACAUGACAGAAAGGCCAGCAAGAACAGAGACCACUUCACUGAACAAGGAAAGCGAAGCAGAAUUAGCUCAGAAAGAAGUGCCGGAAGGCAUGAGGUGUGGUCCUGGAAAACAGCCAGCAAGGAAUCCCUGUGUCUCAUGUGGCAAAAAGUGAAAGUGCAGCUAAUGUUAAGCAUGUCCUUCCUCACUGCUCUGUUUUGGUAUUGUAGAAGGCUAUAUGGCUUUUUAGCACAGCUGCUGAAACGGUGGAGCAACUACCUUCAGAGGCAACUCAUAAGGAAUCUCAGUGUGCUGCCAGAAGUUGAUCUGCUUGGUUAUAGUGCAAGAGAAUGGAAAGGAGAAACAAAGCAGGCCAAACAGAUGAGGGAGGCAUAUGAAGAAUUGUUUAGGAGCUGUCAUAUCAAAUACCUGAGACCAGUCAGGAGAGACAACUAUAGUGUAGUAAGAGCGGUGCUUUUUCAGAUAUUCAGCCAAGGCAUUCAUUUUCCUUCAUGGAUGAAGGAAAGAGAUAUAUUGAAGCUCCCUGAAAAGCUUUUGUAUUCUCAAGGUUGUAACUGGAUUCAGCAAUACAGUUUUGGGCCAGAAAGAUACACAGGUCCCAAUACCUUUGGGAAGUUGCGCAAAUGUAUGGAGGCGUUAAAGACAAAUUGGGCUGAAAUAAGUGCUACGAGAGAUCAUGAAGAAAGGGGAAGUAUGUGUAAUACACUGUUUUCUGAUGAAAGUAAGGAAUACAAACUGUAUGAGGCCAUAAAAUUCAUCAUGCUCUAUGAAGUUGUCGAAGCCUAUGAGCAGAUAAAGAGCAGGGAUGAACCCGUACACAACCUUUUUAGCCUUCUCUUUGCUCGUGACUCUUCAUCUGACCCUCUGAGUUUCAUGAUGAAUCAUCUGAACUCCAUAGGUGACUCUAUUUGCCUAGACCAGGUUGAACUGUUUCUUCUUGGAUACUUACUUGAAGUAAAGAUAAGAGUUUACAGACUGCAUAGGUUUAAUACUGAGGAAUUUCAAGUAACCUAUCCAAAUGAAUACCGAAGGGAAUGGAAUGAGAUUUCUCUCCUGACUGAGGAUGACCGCUACUAUCACAUCCCCCUUUUCAGAACGUGAAGCACCAGUGACUUUUUUUUUCCUUUGUAUAGUACAGUGAGUGACCAAUUCCAGUGAAUUAGGUUUCUAAUCAUCAGCAGUAAAAUCCUGAGGCUGCUCAUUUAUGAUUACAAAAUGAUUUAUGGGUUUAUUGUGUAAACAUUUUGCUUUCCCAUUGCAGCUCAGUUCACCAUCAGUCAGCCAUAAAAACCAUAAAAUAUAUUGCUAUACUAUCUGGGGGAAAAAUGUGACAUUUUAGGGUUUUCAGACAAAAAUAAUUGGACUGCCUGAUAAGGAAGACAAAGGUUAUACUGGGUUUUCCAUUGCUAGCCUAAGGUUUUAACUCUGACAUCCAUGGAAUGAGUUAAGUGCCUAAAGCAAUGACUGCCUUUUCCUACUCCUGUCUCUAGCUAGGAAGGAUGAAUCACAGAGGAUGGAAAUCCUGGGCUCCCACAGUUUAUAUUGCAUGCUAUUUAACUUGCAUUGACUUGGGAUGGGAGGAUACAAACUGGGGCCUCUGCAUGGCUGCUUCAAAUCCACUUGGUUUCCCUUGUUGCUGGAACACCUCUCUUCUGGGAUGAGCAGAGCAAGCAGCUGCAGGCUGUACUUAACUUCAAACAUGGCAAAUUGUGCUGUCUGCACACAGUGGUGAUCCCUGAAGAUGAAGAACCGUUACACAGGGGGAAACAAUCAACACACAAGAAUACUGUGUCAGAUGAAUGGAAGAUCUCCUGUGGAAGUGAGGAAAGCACAUAGCUUUCUCCAAGGUAAGAAGGGCAGCGUUAAUAGAUCACAUGCAACGGUGUUGUGUGUGGCUUUGGUCAACUUGUAAAUUCUUUAAGGGCUGAUUUCAACAUUACAUGCCAAGACUUCCUUUGCAAUUCAUCUAAGAAAGCUGUGCAUGGAAUACAGGCCGAAACACUGCAUUUUUUAGACAAUAUUAAUUUUCUGUGCAUUAUGUGUAUUCAGCUGUGUUGCAUACAUGUUUCAUCCUCUGAUUAGGUAUCAAUCUCCUUGCCUAAAAUUGCUGUCUUUAAUUUACAUCUCUGUGUUUGAAGAAGUCUGUCCAGGACAAGUAAAUGUGAUUUACCUUCCUACAUGGAACAUUUUUCUCACUUCUGUUUUCUAAAAGGAUCAAUGUGUUUUGAUUAUUUCAAAGUGAGAGACUUUAACUUCAAGAAAUAAUAGAUCUUGCAAAAUAUUUGUGAAAAGCUUACAAUGCCACAGGCUAAUGGUUGUACUGAAGAAACAAAGCCUCUCCUUUCCUUAUCAUAGAGGUAUGGGGACAGGCAGGUUUGCUUUUUUAAACUGCAGGAUAAAAUCCAAGCCAGUAGCAAAAAUGGGAACAGGGCCUGCAGGAGCUAAAGCAGUUGCAUGAGGUAUCUUCAUGGUAAUACUUGGAGUUGGUGGAGAGUGCUCAGUUCCUUUGUGUAAAGGAAAGCUAUUUUAUCCCUUAAUGCUUCUUUUAUUUGUGUGUGUAUGUGUUUAUAUGUAUAUAUAUUUAUAAAUACAAACACCUGAGUUCUAUAUUGUAGCUGGUUUGUUUCCUAAAAGUUUGAGUUCAGUUUUAUUGAAUGAUUUGUAGAUUUUAAUUAAGAAGACUUCAUAGCUGUAAUAAUUUCAUCUCAUCGAAACCUGCAUAGCAAGUGCUUUUAUUUAUUAAAAGAAAGUUUUUUUCACUGAAUGAAAUAAUUUUCUUAUUGUAGAUUUGGUUCUGCUCUGCAUGGAGAAAAGUUAUAAUACCUAAGUGUAGAGUAUUGUUAUGUAUUUUGCAUCAACAGUAACAUUUGCAGUUAUCAAUAAAUUUGUCUGUAUUUUAUUUGUGUUUUGGUACAAACAGACAUAACAUUAAAAGUAUGUAUUUUUGUAGUGGGCUUUUUAAUGAUUUGCAUAUUAUUUGUGUUUAGGAAUACAAAAGCAUUACAGCUGAAAGUGAUAAAUUGUGAAAAAGUACAUUUUUGUGAUCUUGAGCAUAUUAAUAGUGGGGAAUUAAUAAAAAUCUAAAACAGA